CGCGGGGCUGCGGCGGCGGCGGGAGCGGCCCCGGUGAACCAGCUUUGUCUUUCUCAGCAGCAGGUAACCACCAAUUCCACUGAGGCAGCAGCUCCUCCUGAGGAAUUAAGGAAAAUGCUGAGAAGUCUGAAAGGACUCGUCUGCCGUUCUUUGAAGCUGGACCGUGGCUGUGCCCUCCACACAUCACGCAGGGAUGGCCUGAGCUCCGUGUCCAACCAGGGUGUCCCAGAAAGGCCCCAAGCAGUUUUCCACACCAGCGAGAGUGACCCGGCCAAGCACACGGAGCAGCACGAGGGUCGUCUGUACAACAUCCCCCUGGAGGAGGUGAAUGCUGUGUUCCCCCAUGGGCUGCCCCAUCGCUUCCAGCAGCAGAUCAGGACCUUCAACGAGGCGCGGGUGAUGGUGCGGAAACCGGCGCUCGAGCUCCUGGCUUACCUGAAGGGCUCCAACUUCACCCACCCCGCUGUCAGAUAUGUGAUCUAUGGUGAGAGAGGAACAGGGAAGACCAUGACCCUGUGCCAUGUGGUUCAUUACUGCUCGAGGCAGGGCUGGCUGGUGCUGCACAUCCCAGAUGCUCAUCUCUGGGUGAAGAACUGCAAGGAGCUUUUGCAGUCUUCCUACAACAAAGACAGGCUGGAUCAGCCUCUGCAGGCCUCUGUCUGGCUCAAGAACUUCAAAACCUCCAAUGAACGUUUCCUGCAAGAGAUAAAAACACAAAAAAAAUACACGUGGGGCAAACGAGAAAGCACAGAGGAGGGAAGACCUUUGAGGGAAGUGGUGGAGCAGGGUCUGGCUCGUGUCAGGAGUGCCAGUGAUGCCGUGGGGGUGGUGCUGAGGGAGUUAAAGCAGCAGAGUCACCGCGGCUCCUUCCGGCUCCUCGUGGCCGUGGACGGCGUCAACGCGCUCUGGGGACAGACCACGCUGAGGAAGGAGGACAGGAGCCCUGUUUCUCCAGAGGAGCUGACGCUCGUGCACAACCUGCGCAAGAUGGUGAUGAAUGAUUGGAGCGGAGGUGCCAUCGUGACCACCCUCAGCCAGACUGGCUCACUCUUCAAACCCAGCUCAGCCUACACUCCUCAGGAGUUGCUGGGAAAGGAGGGGUUCGACGCCUUGGACCCUUUUGUGCCCAUCCCAGUCCCCAACUACAGCCCGAGGGAGUUCGAGAGCUGCUACGGCUACUACCUGGAGCGCAAGUGGCUGCAGCACGAGAAAGCGCACACGGAGGACGGGAAGGCGGAGCUGCAGUUCCUGAGCGGCUCCAACCCGCGGCAGCUGGACCGGCUGGCGGGGUCCCUAUAGCGCAAUAAAGGCUCCGCUCCCCCGGUGUCCGUGUCCGGUGUCCUGUGCGCGUGGCCGUGUCUGGCGCGC